GCCUGUUUACGAGCGCUAGCUUCGGUCUUGUCUCUCGACAGAUGUUCCUCGGCAAAAGCUUAAAUCUUCCGGCACUACAACCGUACUACGACCGUAAACCCUGUCAUCCCCGCAAAAUAUACACCAAAAUCUUGGGGAGGCACGCCGCGGAAAACCUGGAGUUGCAACCUCGUGACAUAUUAGCGCUCGUAAAGGUACAUGCUUCGUCGCUGUUGGAGGGAAAACUCCAUACCCCGGAUAUCGAGCUUCUAUUCUCAUCUAGUGUACGGACGGAGAGUUGCAACGAUUUAGAUGACCAUGUCAACAACGAUGCAACGCCAUUUGUUUAAAUAUCGCCCAUGUACAAACCUUUUGGUUGAUCCAGACGAUCAAUCCUCUUGUGCCAAUCGCGACAAAACCCAGACAUGCCUUCACAAAGGAACACCCUCGUUCUAGGCCUUGCGGCUACGGCUUCGGUUGUUACCGCUGGACCCUGCGAUAUCUACGCCACCGGCAAUACCCCUUGCAUCGCUGCUCACAGCACCACCCGCGCCUUAUACAGCUCUUUCAGCGGCUCCCUCUACCAGGUCAAGCGCGGUUCUGACGGCGCUACCACCAACAUCGCACCUCUGUCUGCUGGUGGUGUUGCUAAUGCAGCAACGCAAGACAAAUUUUGCGCUAACACCACUUGCCUCAUCACCAUCAUCUACGACCAGUCUGGUCGUGGCAACCACCUCACACAAGCUCCACCAGGAGGCUUCAAGGGCCCGGAAGCUAACGGCUAUGACAACUUGGCUGCAGCUGAUGGUGCACCAGUCACGCUAAACGGCCAGAAGGCGUAUGGCGUCUUUGUAAGCCCGGGUACUGGCUAUCGCAAUAACAAAGUGAGCGGUUCGGCGACUGGUGACGCAGCAGAGGGCAUGUAUGCUGUGCUUGAUGGCACGCAUUACAAUGGCGCAUGUUGUUUCGAUUAUGGAAACGCAGAAACCAACAACCUCGACACAGGUAAUGGACACAUGGAAGCCAUCUACUUUGGCGACAAUACCGUCUGGGGCUCCGGUUCCGGCAGUGGACCCUGGGUCAUGGCCGACCUAGAAAAUGGUCUUUUCUCCGGCGCGAACCCAAAGAACAAUCCUGCCGACCCUUCAGUAUCCUACCGCUUCUUGACCACCCUCCUCAAGGGCGGAGCAAACAAGUGGGCUAUCAAGGGAGGUAAUGCUGCCUCUGGCGCACUGUCAACAUACUACAAUGGCGCGCGCCCCAGUGCUUCAGGCUACAACCCCAUGAGCAAAGAAGGCGCCAUCAUUCUCGGUAUCGGUGGUGACAACAGCAACGGUGCUCAAGGAACCUUUUACGAAGGCGUCAUGACAUCCGGUUACCCAACCGAUGCAACGGAGACCGCGGUCCAAGCGAACGUCGUUGCGGCGAAAUAUGCAACAACGUCCUUGACUAGCGGCCCGGCAUACACAGUCGGUUCUUCGAUCUCGCUCCGUGCGACAACAGCUGGAUACACGGACCGGUAUCUCGCGCAUAAUGGCGCGACAGUGAACACGCAGGUUGUGUCUUCGAGCAGCACUGCAUUGUUGAAGAGACAGGCUAGUUGGACAGUGCGCGCUGGUCUUGCGAACAGUGCUUGCUUUUCGUUCGAGUCGAAGGAUACGGCUGGGAGUUAUAUUCGUCACUACAACUUCGUGUUGCAGGUGCAGGCGAGUGAUGGAAGUAAGGCGUUCAAGGAGGAUGCGACGUUCUGUCCCCAGACUGGUUUUUCUGGUUCUGGUAGUUCGAUCCGCGCAUGGGGGUAUCCCACUCGGUACAUCAGGCAUUUCAACAAUAUCGGGGAUAUUGCGAGUAAUGGGGGUGUUCAUGACUUUGAUGCUCAGGCGUCGUUCAAUGCUGAUGCUACUUGGACACUUGAGAAGGGGUUGGCGUAGAGUGUUCAUAACCGUGGUGGAAUGGAUGCUGGAGCAUCAAUGCUCGCGUAGCUAA